AGUGCUCCGCGGCCUUGUGGAGCGAGGCCUUGUUCCCGCGUUGAGCCGCCGCCGCCGCCUCCUCCUCCUCAGCUUCAGCCUCCGCGCCAGGCCCGGCCCCGCCGCGCCAUGUCGGACUACAGCACGGGAGGACCCCCGCCCGGGCCACCGCCACCCGCAGGCGGGGGCGGGGGGUCUGGGGGAGCCGGUGGCGCUGGGGGAGGCCCUCCACCGGGCCCGCCGGGCGCAGGGGACCGGGGUGGCGGCGGCCCAGGCGGCGGCGGCCCGGGCGGGGGGUCGGCCGGUGGUCCUUCCCAGGCCCCCGGGGGGGGGGCGCCGGGGCCGCUGCGGGGUCACAACUUUGCUGAAAGUGUUUUUAAAAUAUUGAGAGAGAUUGCAGCCAAAAUUGGAGGCGACGCUGCUACAACUGUGAAUAAUAGCACUCCUGAUUUUGGUUUUGGGGGCCAAAAGCGGCAGUUGGAAGAUGGAGACCAACCAGAGAGCAAGAAACUGGCUUCUCAGGGAGACUCCAUCAGUUCUCAACUUGGACCCAUCCAUCCUCCUCCCAGGACUUCAAUGACAGAGGAGUACAGGGUCCCAGACGGCAUGGUGGGACUAAUCAUUGGCAGAGGAGGCGAGCAGAUUAACAAAAUCCAGCAGGAUUCGGGCUGUAAAGUCCAGAUCUCGCCAGACAGUGGUGGCCUCCCCGAGCGCAGUGUGUCCUUGACAGGAGCCCCAGAAUCUGUCCAGAAAGCGAAGAUGAUGCUGGAUGACAUCGUUUCUCGGGGUCGUGGGGGCCCCCCAGGACAGUUCCACGACAACGCCAAUGGGGGCCAGAAUGGCACAGUGCAGGAGAUUAUGAUCCCUGCUGGAAAGGCGGGCCUGGUCAUUGGCAAGGGCGGAGAGACCAUUAAGCAGCUGCAGGAACGAGCUGGAGUGAAGAUGAUUUUAAUUCAAGAUGGUUCCCAGAAUACAAAUGUGGACAAACCUCUUCGGAUCAUUGGGGAUCCUUACAAAGUGCAGCAAGCCUGCGAGAUGGUGAUGGACAUCCUCCGGGAACGCGACCAGGGCGGCUUCGGGGACCGGAAUGAAUAUGGAUCCCGGAUUGGCGGGGGCAUUGAUGUGCCAGUGCCCAGGCAUUCUGUUGGCGUGGUCAUCGGCCGGAGCGGAGAGAUGAUCAAAAAGAUCCAGAAUGAUGCUGGUGUACGGAUCCAGUUUAAACAAGAUGAUGGGACAGGUCCUGAGAAGAUAGCUCACAUAAUGGGGCCCCCAGACCGAUGCGAGCAUGCGGCACGGAUUAUCAAUGACCUCCUCCAGAGCCUCAGGAGUGGCCCCCCAGGCCCUCCAGGGGGUCCUGGCAUGCCCCCUGGGGGCAGGGGCCGAGGAAGGGGCCAAGGCAACUGGGGCCCUCCUGGUGGGGAGAUGACCUUCUCCAUCCCCACUCACAAGUGUGGGCUAGUCAUCGGCAGAGGUGGUGAGAACGUGAAAGCCAUAAACCAGCAGACGGGCGCCUUUGUAGAGAUCUCCCGGCAGCUGCCACCCAAUGGGGACCCCAACUUCAAACUGUUCAUCAUUCGGGGCUCACCCCAGCAGAUUGAUCAUGCCAAGCAGCUCAUUGAGGAGAAGAUUGAGGGUCCCCUCUGCCCAGUUGGACCAGGCCCAGGGGGCCCAGGCCCUGCUGGACCCAUGGGGCCCUUCAAUCCCGGGCCCUUCAAUCAGGGUCCACCGGGGGCUCCCCCUCAUGCUGGGGGCCCCCCUCCUCACCAAUACCCACCCCAGGGCUGGGGCAAUACCUACCCCCAGUGGCAACCGCCUGCUCCUCAUGACCCGAAUAAAGCUGCCGCGGCCGCUGCAGACCCCAAUGCAGCCUGGGCCGCCUACUACUCACACUACUACCAGCAGCCCCCUGGCCCCGUGCCUGGCCCUGCACCGGCCCCCGCAGCCCCACCCUCGCAGGGCGAGCCCCCGCAGCCCCCACCCGCCGGCCAGUCGGACUAUACUAAGGCCUGGGAAGAGUAUUACAAAAAGAUCGGCCAGCAGCCCCAGCAGCCUGGAGCUCCCCCGCAGCAGGACUACACAAAGGCCUGGGAGGAGUACUACAAGAAGCAGGCUCAAGUGGCCACAGGAGGGGGUCCAGGAGCACCUCCAGGCUCCCAGCCAGACUACAGCGCCGCUUGGGCCGAAUAUUACAGACAGCAAGCCGCUUACUAUGGACAGACUCCAGGUCCUGGCGGUCCCCAGCCUCCACCCACACAGCAGGGACAGCAGCAGGCAAGUGGGAAUUGCCACCCUCCUCCUCCUCCUUUUUCUUUCCAACCCCCGGCCACCGUCCAUCCUGCCUUAGUGGGUAGCGCCGGAAACCCCUUCCCCUGCGGGGUGUGUCCUUGAUGCCUGCAGCGGGGCCAUGUGGCUGGAGGUCUCCGGGAGUCCCCAGGAGCCGGGGGAAGUGUGCGCUGGGUCCAGAGGUUAAAGAAGAGGCCUCCCUCCGCCGGCCCGCUUGUUCCUGUGUAACGCUGUCGUGAUGCUGGGGGAGAGCGCGAGACAGAUAAAAGGUGGAACUGUUGAACUGGUGGGUAGUCCUGGGGGUGGGGGCCGGCCAGCCGGCCGCUGAAAUGUUGGUCACCAGCCUGGCGGCUAACUCACUCAGAAUCUGGCCACUUGGGAAGAAAACGGAUAAUUUUUCCCCUCUCUGUGUUCCUUUUUUGGUUUUUAUUCUUUUUAUUUUUAAACCCACGAUCUUCCCACCCCGGUGUCCAAGUGACUGUACAGGCAGCCCCAGCAUGGGGCAGCCCUGGCUCCGGUGGGGACUUGGGGAGCCUGCCAGGGGGACGGCCCUGGGCUCCGCCUGGGCUUGACGUCGGCUCUCGUGCCUGUCUCUGUGUCCCGGUCUUGUCUGUGAAGUGGGCAUGACGAUCGCUGCCACCUUCCAACCUACCUCACAGGGGUGUUGUGGGGACACCGUGAUCUCUGAGAUUGUUCAUGUUGUGAUGCGCCGGGAGCUGCCCACCUUCCCCCCUCCAAACCCUGAAUGGGCCUCUCUCUCUUUCUCUUUCUUUCUCUCUCUCUCUCUCUCUCUCUCUCUCUCUCUCUCUCUCUCUCUCUCUCUCUCUCUC